AUCGACAUCUGUAACUAUUUGAAAACCCUAGAAGAGGAUUUGACGAUCUGAAAAUUGAAGAUUACGAUUGGGGGAAGAGAUGCCUCAGAGACACUCGAAGAACAACAACGAUCUCGCGUUCUUCACGUACGAUGAGAAGCGGAAACUUGGUUAUGGGACGCAGAAGGAGAGGCUGGGGAAGGACUCCAUUAAGCCUUUCGAUGCUUGCUGCCUCUGCCUCAAAUCCCUAAUCGACCCAAUGAGCUGCCACAAAGGCCAUCUCUUCUGCAAAGAGUGCAUUCUCGAGUGCUUGUUGUCUCAGAAGAAAGACAUUCAAAGGAAGCUUGUGGCCCAUGCUGCUCAGCAGAAACAUGAAAAAGAAGAGGAGGAAGAGAGAUUGAUGUUGCAAAAGGCUAAAGAGCUUGAUGCAUUUGAUCAGCAAAAUCAUGGUGCUGUACCCCAAUACAGUGAUAGAAAUUAUGGCCGUGAUAAGAACGGUUUCCAUGGGGCAAACAGUGUGAAGGUUACAUCCUAUGAAGAGGAAGCCCUUCGGACAAUGAAGGCAUUUUGGCUGCCUUCUGCUACGCCUGAAUCUUCUGUUAAAGUAGAAGCACCUUCUACCAGUACUAUUUGUCCAGAAGGCAAGGAGAAACUAAAGUUAAAGACACUUUUUCCUGUCCAUUUUACUGAAGAUACCAGUGAGCAGAAAAAAUCCAAGGCUCUUGACAGGACCUACAUUUGUCCUAGCUGCAAAGUUACUCUCACCAACACAAUGUCGCUUGUGGCCCUUAGUUCAUGUGGGCAUAUAUUUUGCAAGAAAUGUGCUGACAGAUUUAUGGCUGUUGAUAAGGUUUGUCUUGUUUGCAACAAGGCGUGUAAAGAGAGAAAUUUGGUGAAUUUGGAGAAGGGAGGGACAGGCUUUGCUGGUCAUGGGGAUCAUCUCCAAGCCACAGACUUCAAGCAUUUGGGAAGCGGUACUGGUUUAGGCCUGGUUAGACCUGCCAUGAAGACUUGACGCUCUCUUGAUUUAGCUGGUCAAGUGUAUGCUAGAUGAUACUGCAUUCAGGAGAAGAAACUUGUGAACUAACUUCUCUUGACGAGUUUACCAUGUUACCGUGCUGUACUCGUCAAUAUCUGUCUUAUCUUUGAUGUUCUACAAAGUUUGUAUUAUUCUUACUGCUUUUUUUGCUUACCCAAGUUAAACCUUGAUAAUGUGAAAA